AUGGGAAAGAAGAGCCGACGGCAACGAUUGAGUACAAAGAAACCUCCACUUGUGACUGACCACACAAUGUCGCAUGCUGUAGAUAUGCAGCAUCUCAAGCUAGAUCCGCGAGGAGACGGGAUGUAUAGCGGCACAUUUCGCUGGCUUGAGUCCAAAGAGUUUCCGCUCCUUCCGCCGUUUCCGAAUCGCUCAGUAGAUUUGUCUUGUGGCUGGAAGGAAUUUCUAGUCUCUAGAAGUUCCCCUAACAGCAAUGCGGACCUUGUGGCCAAGGCUGUGAACGAUCCAUCAAUGUUGGAUGCACUAAGCUUUCCCAUAACGUUGCUGCAUGUAUUGCAACAGCUAGAGCUAAGCGUGGACUCUGAUUUACGUGUCCUAAUAAUUGGAUCCUCCCGAAAAGCAGAGCAGCGCGUAUUGCGCAUUACAAAUUACUGGAACGAAAUUUCUUCUUUCUUUGCUAAAGCAAAGGUCACGCUGUUUUUUAUUGGCCCUGAAGUCGACGAGCCAGACGCGGACAGAAUCAAUAACGCUUUGCCCUUCAAUCUUAAAGUUCAUCAUUUUAAAGGAACAUUUGGAAGCUUUCAAAAAUCGCAACUGUACGGCGAAUGUGCGCCUCAGGCAUCCGUCAUUGUAGGAUACAACACAGGUUUUGGCAAUUUUGUGGACUCGCAUCGGCACGAACUGCUCUUUAGCUGGCUACCGGAUCUCUACCGUAUUGCAGAGUCAAACAUUCCGGCAAUUUUUACCUGUGCUAAUGACUACGCAGACAUGAAUGGAGAAUUUGCAGUACAGUCACGUAUUAUAGGCGCUAAGAUGUUGUUGUUGCCCAAACAAAAUCCGUUCAGUGCCGCAUCGCACUUUCACGAACAAGGACAGCAAGAGACGGCCUGGUCGCGUGGAAACAGCUUCGUAUACGUCGUGUGCGGAAUUGACGAGACACGUCGAUGUGAUAUUAGAGUUGGAGAUGUAGAUGCGUUGCAGGAGCUAUUGAACACAGAAAAGGACAUUUGCCUGCGAGACAAGCUGGGCCGCCACUUUUACAAGGGUAUUGUGCUUACAAAGGAUCAGGCGGCAAGGUGCAAGGCUCUUCAUAGCCAUUCUUUUGCAUAA